AUGCAGUUCUGGAAACCAAUUGGGUCGAUCGCGUUCCUGGCGUCAUGUCUUCCAGCUGUCUGGGCUGGGCAGGUCGGUGCCACGGUCAAGACGACUAGCGGCCGGAUUCAAGGCCAUGUCGCUGAGCGCAAGCCUGCUGUCUCCGAAUACUUGGGUAUCCCUUAUGCUGCGGCGCCUAUUGGCGACUUGCGAUUCGCCGCGCCGGUUUCUUAUAGGUCGAAUGGGUCAACGAUUCAUGCACAUUCCUAUAGCGUUGACUGCCCGGCCAAUAGUGCCCAGCCCCCAGACUAUCCUGGGUUCACUCCACAGGCCAAGCGGAUUAUGCGGGAGUUUACUACGGGGAAUGAGCAGGGUGAAGAUUGUCUCUAUAUGAACAUCUGGACGAGACCUACCGUCAAGCCUAAGCCUGUGUUGAUGUUUAUCCAUGGGGGACGCUUCACGAUUGGUGGUGCCCACAGCCCCUACUAUGACGGACAGGGAUUGGCAAAUGACCAGGAUGUCGUUGUUGUGACCUUCAACUACCGACUCAACAUCUUCGGCUUCUCGGGGGCACCUGGCCUCCCCCAGAAUAUUGGCCUUCUCGACCAGCGCAUGGCAGUCGAAUGGGUCCACCGCAACAUCGCUGCUUUUGGUGGUGACCCUGAACGCAUCACCAUCUUCGGCCAAUCAGCCGGUGGUGCCUCUGUCGACUACUACGCCUAUGCAUGGAAAGAGAAGCCUCUCGUCGCUGGCCUGAUUUCUCACUCUGGAACAGCGCUGAGCUUUGUGCCCAACACCCCCAGCCAAACGGCCAAUUACUUCUACACUGUCUCCAAGACCCUUGGCUGCGGAGAUUCGCGCACCGAGCCCCACAAGGUCAUUGAGUGUAUUCGUGGCAAGUCGUGGAAGGAGGUGGUGAAGGCUACUGCCAAGGUAUCAUUCGCUCCGUCGCCUGCUCUUCCCCAGCCAGUGUUCCACCCGACUGUGGACAAUGUGACCGUGUUCAAUGACUACCCUAGUCGAUCCCGCAAAGGCGAAUUUGCUUCUAUCCCGUACCUCGCCACAAGCAACAACUACGAACCCGGCUUCUACCGCAUCAGCGCCUUCGCAAACAACAUCUCCUUGACAGACACAGAGUGGGACAGAUUCAACCUGGCAGGAUUCACUUGCGCCAGCAAAUAUGCGGUAGACGGUCGUCUCGCCUACGCCGUUCCGGCCUGGCAAUCUCGCUAUUUCGGCGACUGGGACAGCCAGUAUCUAUACGAUGGCAGUGGCGCAUACCAUGGAAGUGAUAUCCCGAUGCUGUUUGGCAGCGGAGAGGAGGUCACUGGUAUCCCCAACAGCGAGUUGCAGGAGAAGUAUUCGAAUUACAUGGGGGCGACGUGGGUGGCUUUUGCUAGUGACCCGCGUCGUGGCCUGGAAAAGCAGGGAUGGCCAGCGUUUGAUGCGUCAAAGCCGAAGAGGACGAUAGUUGGUCUGGGAUUCAAAAAUGGAACUCUUGCCAAAUUCCUUGAUCCUGCUGAUGUUGAGAAGGAAUGUGCCGCUUUGCAUGGUAGUAGCCUUCCUGGAAAGGGUGGAUUCUAG